GCUCUAAUCCGACUUGGAUCAACCUCCAAAGGCGCUCGGCGAUCGCCGAGAUUUCAGUUCACAUUGCGACGAGCUCAAGUGCGAAUCAAGCGGAGCCGGAGACGCCCAUCAACAAUUUAUGUGACGACCAUGGCUGUCAUCAUCAGCUGCCUAUUACUUCUCCUCGCGACAGUGUCGCAGUCCAAGACCGUGGGUUACGAUGCGGACGCCGAUCGCAAUUUGCUGGCUGCCGAUCUCUACAACGCCGUGGGCGCCGAUCACCUGAACGAGAAUGUGGUCAUCUCGCCGGCGACCAUACAGAGCUCCAUGGCGCUGCUCUUCGUGGGGGCGAAGGGUCAGACGGCAACGGAAUUGCAGCAGGGACUGCGCUUGGGUCCAGGGGAUGCGGAUGCGGUGAGCCAGCGCAGUGGUAGUUACCAGCAGGCCCUGACCCGGGACAACAAUUUCCGGCUGGCCAAUAACAUCUACAUCAACGAGAACCUGGAGUUCAAGGGCUCCUUCCGGGACGUGGCCCAGCGCCAGUUCGACUCGAACAUCGACAAGCUGGACUUCCACCCGCCGUACAACAAGCGCACGGCGGACGGCAUCAACCGGGCGGUGGCCACCAAGACCAACGGCAAGAUCACCGACAUCCUCCGCCCCGAGCUGCUCAACGAUCGCACCGAGGGAGUGAUCGUGAACGGGGUUGCCUACUCCGCCGCGUGGCAAAAGGCCUUCCGGCUGGACAAGACCGAGAAGCGCUCCUUUCGCACUGCAAGCGGGCAGUCCGUGAAGGUGGACACCAUGUGGACGCAGCAGAACUUCAACUACGCCGAGGUCAGCUCCCUGGACGCCAAGGUGGUGGAGCUGCCCUACCAGAACCCCGACUUCUCGAUGCUGCUGCUCCUGCCCAAUCGCAAGGAUGGCCUGAGAUCCCUGCAGCAGUCGCUGUCCGGCAAGAAUCUGCUGGCCGAGAUCGGCGCGAUGAGCCAGCAGAAAGUGGAGGUGUUGCUGCCCAAGUUUAGCGUCACCUUUGGCUUGGGUUUGGAGGCACCAUUCAAGAAGCUGGGUGUGCACACAAUGUUCUCGAGGGAUGGCGACUUUGGCAACAUGUACCGCAUGUUCGUUAGCCAUUUCAUCAACGCCGUGGAGCACAAGGCCCAUGUGGAGGUCACGGAAGCUGGCCUGGAGCAGCCCCUGGAAACUGGAUUGCUAAAGGGACUCUUCUCGCGCUCCAAGAAGUUCGAGGCGGAUCAUCCGUUCGUGUUCGCCAUCAAGUACAAGGACUCAAUCGCCCUUAUUGGUCACAUUGCGAACUAUGCCUAUGUCUAAACAGAAGUGCUGAUCAUUUUGUUAUAAAUUCCAAAUAAAUACACGCAAAGUGAACAUCUUUUACGAAA